AUGGAUAUCAACUCAUUGCUGUCGCCGUCGGACUCGCCUGCGGGCACCCCAACGCCCCAGCCCGCCCCUACUAUCCCGUCGCCGUCGCUACUCCGAUCCCCAGGCAAACGUACACGGCGCCAGAUGCCCUCGCGAACACCCUCGGGUCUGAGUCAGCAGAUCAGAUCCUCUCCACAGCCGCCCCAGACGCUUCAGCAGCGUGUGCCAUCUCCAGGCUACGCCCACAUCGCGAAUGGCGCAAGAGCAGUACACAGUUCAAUCGGCACGCCGCAACAGAUAGCAUCCCCUCGCGACGCGCGCAUGACUCCGCCGAAUCCCAUGUACCGGCAAACUUCGACACCGGGUAUGGAUACACUGGCAGACCUUGCCAGCAUGCAACAACAACAACAAGCCGCGCGCCAGAACUCUGUAGUUCACCAACGGCCUGUCACCCUUCAACAUCUUGGACAGAAUCUUUCCGGUGAGUCUGUAGCCAGCAUCAUGUCCGAGGCUUCGCCGCGACCGCGCAACUUCAUCACUCGCUCUUUGGACCAACAGCACAUCGACUGGCUCAACCAACUGGACAAGACACUGUUAGAAAAUCCCUUCGAUUAUUACAGCCAUGUCUCGCUUGUCACUACGCUGCACCAGGGCCUCCAAAAUCACCUUGCGUCGUUCGACGCGGACCCAAACGCAUACGAGCUGGUGCAAACUCUGCGCGAUGCCUACAAAACCAUGUCUGACAAGUAUCCGCUCGGUGAGCUGUUGUGGCACUACCGAUUGAACGACGAGAAAACUCUGGCCAAGGACGUGGAGCAGCGUAUGGGCGUGCUAGAAUUGCACAAGCAAGCCACACAAGAGGAACCUUACAGUGCAAAGCUUUGGGCAGCAUACGGCGAGUAUGUGAGCUACCUAGUCGCUUGCUCUUGGGAUCAAAUACCGCCAGAGGAGUGGCCUGAAGAGGAAAGGCUGAUUGGCCGCGAGCUCUUCAAGCCUCAGUUACUAUUGCACGCGCUACAAGAAGGUGCAGAGAGAGUCAAGUAUAACCUUCAGGAAAGUAAUCUUGUGUGGGACCGCUACCUACAAGUCCUGGAAGAGGAUCUUGAGCGCGAAGGCUUCAGCCAAGAGAAGGCGAAACGAGUAGCCGCCAUUUAUAACGAUCGCCUAGGUCAACCACACGCAACAUGGGCCAACACGCUCAGUAGAUACUCGUCGUUCAACUCUCGCUACAACACGAGUCACUACGAGCAGGUGAUGGAUGAAGUGGUGAAAAACAACACACACAUCAAACAGCAAUAUGCCAACCGCGAAGAAUACGAGUUUAAACUUCUACAGGCCAUCCAAGCGGGCGAUCAAGCCGCCGAAUACACCGCCAUGACACGCUAUCUCAAAUGGGAGAAGAGAACCAUGGGCGUCUACAGCUUCCAUCUUGUCAAUGCACUCUAUGAGCGAGCCACGCUUCGCUUCCCAGUCGAUCCUUCAAUAUGGGAAGAUCACGUCGAGUUUCUUAUCUGGCAAGACAACCGAUCGGUAGAUCUGCUCAACGUCCUGGAGCGUGCGACCCGCCAUUGUCCCUGGUCUGGAUCACUCUGGUCCCACCGAUUGCUAACGCUCGAAUCGGAAAACAAACCAUUCGAGGAUCUUGAGCUUGUUAAACAUACAGCUACUGGCUCUGGCCUCUUGGAACACACCGACUUGGAUGAACUCAUCAAGGUACAACUCGCUUGGUGUGGUUACUUACGGCGAAGAGCUUUUGACGACCCCAGAGCAACAGAAGACGAUGUUGAUGUAGCCGAGGUCGGAAUCCGGUCUGCCCUAGAGUUUGUCCGAGAGGUUGGCAUGAAGAAACAUGGCAGGGAGUGGACGGACCCAAAGUACCGUCUUGAACGUGCUCACAUGAAGUUUUGGCUCCAACGCGGUGAAAUAGAUAAAGCCCGUCAGAUUCAGGAGUCCAUCACACAGUACCAGGAAGACUCAUACGACUUUUGGUAUCGCUGCUACAUCUUUGAGAUGCUUCUGUGGGCGCCACAUGCAACAAGGAACAAGCAGAACGCAGGCCAGCCACUAUUGCCACCGACUCAGGCUACCUCAAUCUUGGAACGUGGCAUGAAGCGCUUGCAAACGAUCGAUCACCCAGAGCUGCUUAUUGACAUGUACAUCAGUCAUUGCGAACAGCAUGAGUCAGCGUUAAAAGUACGUAGCGCGACAAUCGAGCGUCGACGAGCUGAGCGCAUCGUAUCUGUUCGGAGAGAGAAGGAGCGAGCACUCGCGGCUGCUGCAGCUCCACCACAAGAUACACCAGACAGCCAAGUCAUGGAAAGCUCAGCAAAACGGAAACGGGAGGACGGCGAUGAAGAUGCGAUAUUGAAGAAGAGCAAGACUGCGGAAAUUGAAGAAGCUUCCCAUCCCGUCAACGGCCAGGCAAGAGGCGCGAGCGAAGCACCCUCGGAAGCUCGUUCUACUGGCCCGAAACGGGACCGCGAACACACAUCGGUCAUUGUUAAGAAGUUACCACUCGAUACCACACAAACUCGGAUACGCCAAUUCUUUACUGAUGCGGGCACGGUCCGCAAUUUAGUUAUGAAAGAGGAGAAGGACAGUCUCACGGCUAUCGUGGAAUUUGAAUCUCCAGAAGAAGCUGACUACGCUCUGAGUAAGGAGGCGAAAGGAUUCGAAGGCCACAACAUAUCGAUCGAGCGAGGCCAGAGCACGACGCUGUACGUUACGAACUACCCGGCGCAUGCCGACGAAGCCUGGCUACGAAAGCUCUACAGCCCAUUUGGAGAGAUCAUUGGCAUUCGCUUCCCAUCGCUCAAGUUUGACGCCCACCGCAGGUUUUGCUACGUACAGUUCGCUUCAGCUGAACAGGCAGUUGCCGCAACACAACUGGAUGGUACUGAUGUCGAGGGCUUGAAGCUGAUCUCGAAAAUAUCUGACCCCAACGCUAAGAAGAAACGUGAUGGCGCUACUGCCGAGGGUCGUGAGGUCUAUAUAUGGCAUCUCAACUUUAAGGUCAAAGAGAGGGAAAUCAAGGAUGUUUUUUCCAAAUUUGGCAAGAUCGAGAGGACAAAGUGCCCAACCAUCAGGUCUACCGGCAACAAUCGUGGUUUCUGUUACGUCGUUUACGAGACUAAGGAUAGCGCUGAUGCUGCAGUGGCGGAGAUGCAUGAGAAGGAGUUCUGGGGCCUCAAGAUCAUGGUUGAGAUCGCAAGUGAUCGGCCUGCUACGAAGCCAAAGGUGCAGUCGACUUUAGAGAAUCCGGAAAACUCAGCCGCUCGUGAAGUGACUCCUGGACAGAGCAACGCUGCUGCUGAAGCUACUGUCAAGCCUGCUUCUUUCAUGGACCGGUCUAUCGCGAUCCUCAACUUACCCGAUACCGUCCCCGACGUACGCAUCAAGCCGCUUGUCGAGCAGUACGGCUUCAAGAAGAUCAAGCUCGAACCUCACCAUGGCGGUGCGAUCAUCGAAUUCACGACUGUGGAGGGCGCCGGUAAGGCUCAAUUCGCACUUGAGGGUAGGGACUUUGAGGGAAGGAAGCUUCGUAUCGGAACAAUUCAAGACCUCAACAAGCAGAAGGGCGAGUGGAAGGCGAGCAACAGCUUUGUACAGCCGAACCGUGUCAAUCGACCUACAGCUGCUCGUGGUGGACGAGGGCGUGGAAAACCUGGUCUUGGUCGGCCAACCGUUCCCAAGGGUGCCACAACGACUAAUGGCGAGCCGAAGAGUAACGCGGACUUUCGCGCGCAAUUCUUGAAGGAGCCUACGAAGGAAGCAAACAAAGACAAUGACAAAAUGGAAGAGUAA